GCAGCUCCAGUCGUGGCUGUGACCAUCUACCCCCACCGGCCCCUCAUCUUCUCCGCCUCCCAAGACGGGACCAUCCGCACCUGGAACCUCAACACCGUGGACCAGGUAGACCAGGUCCACGUCUCGGAGCCCGUGGAGUCCCUGGACACCCACACCAAUUCGCACGUCUUCUCCGUCUCGGGCUGCACCCUCAACCUCUGGAGGAUCAACCAGCUCUACUCGCUCUACAUGGCGCUGGGCUCCCCCGCCAGGCGGCUCAGCUGCAUCGACCUGGGGCUGCUGGGCAACUUCCCUGCCCGCAUCCUCUGCCUGUGCCAGGACUCCACCGUGCGGCUGCUGGAGGCCCACAGUGGCGCGCCCGUCUCCGUCCUCUCCUUGGACCAGUAUUCCCCGGCUCGGGAGGUGGCCUACUGCUUGCCCCGGGAGACGCUCUUCGUGCUGCUGGAGCAGGGCCACGUGCUGCGCGUCAACGCUGCCCCCAGCUCCAUGGUGGUGAAGCGAUGCUUCAGCAGCAGCCUCUGGGAGUCCAAGCCCUGCUGCCUCCUGCUCUACAGCCAUGUGGUGGAGCCGGACAAGGCGUACGCCACGUGGCUGGACGUGACCCAGAACCAAGGCUACCGGAGGAAGUGGCAGAAGUCCACCAUCAACAUGCAGGACAGGAACAGAUUCCUGCCAAUUCUGGGGCACAAGAAUGGCUCCCUCAGUGUCAUAGAUUGGUUCAUGGGCCGAGUGCAGUACACAGUGGAGGCGCAUAACCCCCAGCGCGUCACGGCACUGGCGGAGUACCCCACGCAGAUAUGCCUCUUGUCAGCAGGUGCUGACCUCACGGUGAAGAUGUGGCGCCUCUUCCCCUACGUGGAGGAGAGCCUCCUCCCCCUGCUGUGCUUCUCCUGCGCCUCCCCUGCGUGGCACCUGUGCUUCCUCGGAGAGACCCUGGCUGUGGCCUUCCAGGACCCUGAAACAGUCACUUACAGCAUCGUCCACUACAACCUGGUGGAGCAGACGCGCUCGGAGCACGGACCUGAGGACGACGCCCAGGAUGACAUCACAGGACUCUGCUGCUGCCCAAACCUGCAGCUCUUUGCCUCGUCCAGCCGGGACGGGUCGGUCAAGAUCUGGGACCACAAGAACAGGCUGCUCCGCCACCUGAAGCUGAACACCAUCCCGGAGAGCCUGGCCUUCGCCAACCCCAAGGGGGACCUGCUGGUGGGCCUGGAGCAGCACCUCUACCUCAUCCCCCACACCAAGUACCUGCCCAGCUACUACCAGAUGCAGCUGCUGUGGGCCGAGUUCCUGGAGCCCCUGCAGGACGUCUCCUUGCCCAUGAGCCCCACCAGCUUUGAGGCCCUGGUGCAAGAGAACAACCGGCGCUUGAUGCAGGAGCUGCCGGUCAAGAAGUCUGAGUGAGCUCUGGGCCCAGGCCGGGCCCAGCAGGAGCCGCCUGGGGCUCUGCUGAGCUCGGAGGCCUGACCUGGGGCUCCUCUGCAGGGCAUGGCCCAGCUGGCGGAGAGGAACCGGGACCUGCAGCUGCUGCAGGAGGGGAAGAUCAGCCCGGCCAAGAAGCCGCCCCUCUCCAAGGAGAUGCGGAUGGAGGCCUUUGAGCGCUACCUGCGCUUCUUCUACAAGGAGCAGCUCAGCCUGCAGAUUCCCAAAGAGGAUCCCUUCGACGCCGAUGAAGUGCUGGAAUGCCUGGGAUGGAUGGACCCCCUCUCGGCCCUCUGCGGACCCUCCCUCUCUCACAUGUUCCUCAGG